AGCACUUAUAGCGGAACGUGGAUUGCAGAGGAUGGCGAGCCAACGGACUCCCGGAAUCGGCGCCCCACAGCGACCAGAUGUUCCUCCCGCGGGAGGCCUCGGUUUCUCCGUGCCACCACAGGGAUACGGUCCGGCCAACCAGGGUUUCCCUCAGGGCGCUCCACAUCCGGCCCAGGGCUUCACACAUCAGGGAUCUUACCCAGUGGGUCACAUUCCUGGUGGGGCCUCUCCUCCACACCCUCCAUUAGGGCCGCCAUCUGGCUUCGCACACUACCCGCCACCAGGAGGCGCAGGUUUUACGCGCUUACCUUACGGAGCACAAAAUGAAGCCACACCACCACAUAGCGCUCCUUUUGGCUUAGGCACACUGAGCACGGGCGUCGGUUUCCAGCCACAAUUCAGCUCCUCUUUGCAAGGCGGAUAUGAGCCACAGCCACCUCCUUUGGGACUGGGUUCGCGCCAAACGCAGAAGGCCGUGUACGAACAAGGACGGCAAUCCCCGCAAGGAAGAGGAGGACCGCAAGCACCAUUAAGUCUGAACGCGAGUCACUUACCGGGUCCCAACGAAUCCGCUAUCGGCAUUGUACCUUCAGGUCGAAUCCAACCUGGCAGCGGUCGAUCAUCACCUCUACCGAUGUGGCAAAAUGCCAACCAGAGUCCCGGAAUGGGUAUGCCAACGAGACCAAUGCCGCCAGAAGGCCGCGCGGAAGAUGGUGGUUUCAGACCUAUGGAUGCCACUCGCGGCACGUUCCAACCUGUCUAUCCUCAACCGGAACGCACAAGGGCACCUUCUUCAUCAGCUGACGCAGGAGCAACGGCGCGAGCCCCACGUCCCGCGGGCCUAUCAGGUCUGCACUCGACAAGCACGUAUUCCGAACGCAGUGGAAGCCCUCCGGGACCUUAUUCUCAGGAACGAAAUUUUAUGCCUCAAAAACCGCACAGACCAUACGCGCCACCGACUGCAUUUCCCUCCGGGCAGUUGAGUAGUCCUGGCCAGAAGAAUGUCAAAUCUGGAGCUGGCCAGGGCAAUUUUCCAGACCCGUUUCCGACUGGUAGCUCGAGUGGUCCCGGGUUCAGAACUGCAUCGGCUGGGUCCUUUCCGGGAUUUAAGGCGGAUCGACCUGUUCCUGCUGGGUCGUCACGAAUCAUCUCGGAAGAGAAGCUGAUUGCGUCUUUUAUCAACCCCAAAGGGCAGAAAUCGCAAGAACACGUCCGUUCCAAGUCGCGAACUCCACGGCGCAAAGCUGAAGGCGAGGAACUACUGCGGGCGAUUGAAGCAUUCGAUGCCCUGCUGGCUCCUGAUUACGAAGUCGGAACCGCGAAAACCCGCCACAAGUAACUAAGGUGUCUGUAAUACGCUACGCCUUGCUUCUCUUGAUAUAUAUCUAACUACAGUAAGGUUAGCUAGUAAUAAAAUCAAAGAUUCAGCAAUAAAUUAUCAGCAUAUUUAUCCUUUAGAAUGCGUGGUCGUCCUAAGGACAGCCGUGUUACAUCAUCACCGGCGUUAUAAUCGGUUACAAACUAAGAAAAAAUGUUAGGUCCACCCACAGUAAUCACUGUCCCUCCCACAGAGAAUUUGCAUAUAUACUCCAUCAAGUAGCGCCUAUUCAUUUUCUUGACGUCAAG